GUGCUUAGUUAAUUGGAACAGGUGCGCUUGUUCAAGGAACAUUUUGGACGGAAAACUUUCGUCAACCGCGCGUUUGACGAGUUCGUUUGAUUUAUGAUCGUAUUUUUAAAGAUAAUUAAAAAACAGUAUUUAGAUUAGGAGGAAUGCACACAAACAUAACACAAGCAAUCAUGUACAGAAAUCUCAACGCAGCUGAAUGACCCCGUGGAGAGAAAAUGAAGUCAUCCAAAACAUACCAUCAACGGGCAGCUUUUACUGCAGCAUAGUUGAGUUGAGCAUGGCCGCGCCGAACAAUAAAACUUUAAUCCCUGGGGAGAGCGUCACACUUUGUGAUCAAGACGGCGGCGUGAAGGAUGAAGACAAGAAACCAGAAGUCUCGAACCAGAGGAAGUCUGUUGGAGAGCAAAAUUUGGUAUCAGCCUUCAAGCAGAUGAAGCUGGAGAGGGAAGCACAGAAGAACUGGGACUUGUUCUACAAAAGGAACGCUACCAAUUUCUUUAAAGACAGACACUGGACCAGCAGAGAGUUCGACGAGCUAAAGACGUGCAGACAAUCUGAGUCACAGAAGUUAGUCCUGCUGGAGGCGGGAUGCGGCGUGGGGAACUGCAUCUUUCCUCUGCUGGAGGAAGAAUGCAACAUCUUUGUCUACGCUUGCGACUUCUCGCCCAGAGCAGUUGACUUUGUCAAAAAUCCCCUGUGCCAUCCCGAGCGAUGCGCCGUCUUCCAAUGCGACCUCACCCACGACGACCUUCGGGACAACAUUCCUGAGGGGUGCGUGGAUGCCGCCAUGCUCAUCUUCGUGCUGUCCGCCAUCCAUCCUGAAAAGAUGGCGUCGGCUGUGCGCAACAUCCACACGGUGCUGAAAGCCGGAGGCGUCGUUCUCUUCCGAGACUAUGGCGUGCACGAUCACGCCAUGCGGAGGUUCAAAGCCAGUAGCAAGCUGGCAGAUAACUUCUACGUGCGACAGGAUGGAACCAGAUCCUACUUCUUCUCCAAAGACUUCCUGGCGGCACUCUUCUCGGAGGCGGGCUUCUGCUGCAUCACCAUCGAGUACGUCCAGAGGGAGACGGUCAACAAGAAAGAAGGACUUUGCGUUCCCAGAGUUUUCCUGCAGGCCAAGUUCACCAAAAGAGAAUCAUGAGGCCGUUGCACACACGGAGAAAGACACCGAAUGGUCGCAAAGUUCUCAAAAUGAUUGUGAAAAAGGACUAUUCACUUUUAAAGUCACACAUUUGUUUAUAUUUUACAUGAAGGUGCCAUUUGUUUAAUAUUCACUGUAAAUGUUUCACUUCACUUGGAACAUAUCCAUCAGCUGUCAAUUUUUAAUAUUUUUAGAAUAAUUAUAGUUGAGUUGUAAACCACAAGUAACUUUAAUGGAGCCCAUGUCGAAAGGAUGGCAUUGGAAAUAGGAAAUAUAAAAGCAAAAAGAAAUGGCUCUGUUUUUGUUGAGUGACAGGUUCCUGGGGGGUCAUCCCGGGGAAGCUGAGAGGAAGUGAAAAUCGGCCAUAGGUCAUGUGACCAGUCCUGCCUGAAACUUUUACUUUGCGGUUACAUAACUUUCUCAAAACAUUUCUGAAAACGCAGCAUGUGCAGGUUUCAGCAUUUAGUGAACCCGAGUUACAUUACAUAGUGUGGUUGUGUUAUCGAUCAAAUACCCGCACGGUGUUCAUCUAGACAGCUACGACUACUUUCAUGUCUUACAAUCUUGUACUCGCUAUCGAUCCGUCAGCGUAUCGCACAAAAAUGAGUACACACUUAAACCUUUUGGAAAUAGUUUUAUUUUCAUUGGUCAACACUGAGGAAAUAAGACUUAGCUGCGAUGUGAAGACAUCAGCGUACAGUUUGUGUAGAACUAUUAUUGUCCUAUUUAAAUUAAAACACACAGCCAUUAAUAU